UGUUUUGCUGGAGAAUGGAGUCACAUAUCGGUGCUCUCUUAUGUUCCAACUUUACCCUGGCCAAACUGUUCUGGUAAGUGCUCUUAAUAACCUUCCUUUUUUUUCGUUUUGAGUGCUUUGGUUAUAUUUUUAAGGUUCAUUAAUUAUUUAGAAGGCUAUUAGCCGAUAGGGGUUCCCCAUUUUGAUCAGAUGCACAUAUCUUGAUAUCGUAUUGAAAAAGAGAUCAAGCUUAAAGAUACGUCCGAUUUAGUUAACUGAUCAAGAAACUAAUCAACUAAGUUGAAUUUUUAAGAGCAAAACCUUCAUCAAAUUUAUUUUGAGAAUUUCAAUUCUAGAAAAUUUGGAGUAAACAGCUUUGCUCAAACACAAAUUGUUUACCGAACAACGCAUUCAACAAGUGGGACCGGAUGAAAACUAGCACUCGCGUGUUUUUUUUAUUUGAGUGGGUCCAUCUCUUCAUCAAUACGAUCCAAUACUGUGUCAGCAACAAAAACAGUUUACCUUUUUGAGUGACAGUUAUACAUAUGUAUAUUACUCGUGAUAAUGUAAUAAGAAACGGUAACUGACAAACUGAACUAACCAGUAAUUUCAUAUAAAAGCCAGGAGGCCGCUCAAUUAAAACAAUAAUAGAUUUGAAUGAUCAACUGGAUCCGCAUAAUAUAAGGAUUUUCUCAUUGUUUUUCCUUGUUUUUCUCUUCAUGCAGCUGGGGUGAAUCCUUCAUCGAUAAAGUUGUCAAACCUGCAAUAUCAUUACUAUGAUGGAGAUGAGCAUAAUUCCAACGUCCAGGCCACCAUCAAAGAAAAAUUCUACCAGUUGUUAACGUCUCAGUUUGUUCUUCCUAUCUUUUGCAAGAGUUCCCCCAGUUUCUGCCUGAAGGAUAAAAUGUCAGUUUAUCCUGGGAUCAACGGUAAAUCACAAACUAAAGCCUGAAUGGAUUAAUAUUCUUUUGUUUAAAAUUGAAAUUAGCCUGAAUAGCCGCGCUUGAGAUAAUGUAUUCUUUUGAAUUUUGUACUGGAGAACGAGGCUAGUCAGGCUAAUUUUGAUUUAAACAAAAGAAUAUUAAUCUAGCAGCCAUUUUUGCAUUGUUGGUCUAUGGUCAGCUUUAGGCGAAUCCUUGAUUACAUUUUGCUUCAUUACCAUAUGUUCAUCAUUGUCUGAUAAAGCUACCGGAGUGGUAUUUCUAGCAAUUCGUGGUGGGGGUGUGCCGUCCUACUCUUCAAAUCCUGACCCUAGACCUUAUUUCAGACCAAUACCUAUUAGGCAAAUGUAAGGGAGUACCCCUCCGGGAUUUUUUGUGCACAAAAUGAACGCAAUCAUAUUAUUAACUGACAAAUCCGAGGGGUAUCCAGGGUGGGGGGGGGGUGUGUUUUCCCGCUCUCCAAAUCCUGACCCUAGACCUUAUUCAGAUCAAUACCUAUAAGGCAAAUAAGAGAGUACUCCCCUGGGGAUUUUCGUUGUUAUGGUGAUAAACGCUAUAAAAAUUAACUUGGUAACAAUAAAUCAUGUUAAGCAAAGGCGGCCAUCAUAAAAAUGAAGAUGUGUUUGAAGCUAGCGUACUAAGCUUUUUCAUCGUCUCCUUCAAAAGAUUUUGUGGUUUUUCUUCACUUUUUGCUAAAGUUUAAACCUUUUAAUGAGUUUAUUCCCUUCCAAAACGUGAUUGCAAAUCUGUCUGCGGUGUGUAGCUACAGUGUGUGUGUGUACAUCCAUUGACUAAAGACGUCUCUACAGCUAUCAAUGGCACUUUUUUUCGGUUUAAAAUGUGACGGCCAAUGUCUCUUUUAUCUUAUUGCGAUUCUUACAGGAAAGGAAUGUGCUCAUUGUAGAUCACCACGUCAAAAAAAUGUAUAUAUACUGGAAUUUCCGGUUAGGUCAAAUUAGUCCGCGGGGCUCUUACGCGCGCGAAGCGUACGUGGGACAGAACCCCAUACUCAUAGAAUAUGGUCAACCUCUUUUCGUUUGGUUUUCACGAGAUUGACCGAGCGUACGUACGCGUCUACAGAUUGUACGGGUGGGGUAGGAGGGACUAUCAAAAGGAAGGGAGGGGUGUCUCAGGCGUGUCUUGGCAAAUCCACAUCUUUUAUAUUGGACAUUCACAAUAUGGUCAAUUGAUAGCUGUCAAAACAGGAUAGCCACUGACCAGUAUCAUAUGACCAUAUCGCGGGCUCAUGUGUCAACUCGUUGAAGUGACGUGAUUUAUUUGGAAGCUGUUCGCUGACCAGUUAAUUGAUUUACUAGGUCGCGAUCAAUGGUCAAUCUCAUACUUUCUAGCUAGUUUAGGAGCACAGGAAAACUGAUAAUGCACACAUAUUGGACAUCAAUUACAACUUGUCUCUUAUACAUUGUCAAUGAAAUACUGGUUUUACUAGUCUAUACUAGAAAUGCUAUCAAUGCCGGGUACUGGGUACUUUCCGAAAAUCGCAAAAAUUAAUUCUCAGCAAGAAAAACCAAUCUGUCCUUAUCGUAAAAAUUAGUUCCCGCAAAACACAAAAAAUCACCAAUCCGCAAAAAUAAACUCCCGCAAAAAUUUCGGGCCACACGGUAAUUCAAACAGCUACAUCAAUGUACAAAAAUCAUGAUUAACUUAUCUCUGCGACAUUUUGUGUUGAAUCCCCACAAAAGCGGUACAUCGAUUUUAGUGAGAUAGUUCAUGAAAGCUGUGGUCAUUGUGACUAGUGUACCCUCCAAUUUAUCAAAGUUUUUUAUACCUCUUAAAUGGAGGUUAAAAACCCAGGUUUCUGGACCCAGAAAAAGUGUUCCUUAGGGGACUAAUCUCCACGGGGAAGUUAUCGCCAUUGUCUAUGUUUCUAAUACACACGUAAAAAGAGGCCUUGGUUUAAAACACAGGGGACUUACCUCCACAGAGAAUUUAUUUGGUGUCCCAAGGGAAAGGGUCCACUGUAACAGGUUGCUGUAUUUGUUCUUUGUAGAGGGGUCAAACUGUCCAGCCGGAUGGGUUAAUAAUGGAUCCUCGUGUUAUUACGUCAAAGAUACCCCGACGUUGAAACAGAGCGAUGCUCGCCAACACUGUCAAAAUCUGGGGGGAGAUCUGGCCAUAAUCAAGUCAGAAAAUCAAAACGAUUUCAUUUUCAGCUUGAUACAAAGCCAAAAUACAUUCACAAAAUGGGGUGCAUGGAUCGGAAUCCAGCGAAAGGCCGACGGAAAAUUCUAUUGGAUUGACAACACUCCAGUAGAUGGAGGCUACUCGAUCUGGGCUGGCGGAGAACCAAAUAAUGCUGGCGGUUCCGAAAAUUGUGUCCAAAUGUAUGGGAACGACCGAUUGGGGAGAAAUUGGAAUGACUUCUCCUGCGAACUGGGAAGUCAUGUAACUGAUGCCCCGGUGAUACUGUGUCAGAAGACACUGGUUUGA